AUGAAAGGCGAUGUGGGGUUUGAGUUUGUCGACGACGGUGGUGAAGACUGGGUAGGAGAGGCCGUAGAGGGAGCGCCAGUGUGCGUCGCGGAGGGGGGCUUCGAGGGACCAGAUGUGUUCGGUGGUGAGGGCUCGGAAGGCGGAGACAGAGUAAUCGGAGGCGUUGGGAUGUGGUUGAGUCGUGGUGGUUGUGGCGGUGGUGGUGGGGCGGGUGGAGGCGACGUAGGAGAGGACAGAGGCGAUGGUGAAGAAGAGAAGCGGGGCGAUGGAGGAGGAGUAGAGGAGAGAGGUUGGGGAUGUGGCGGAGGAAGGUGA